AUUGCUGGGUGGAGAGGGAGGCGGCUUCUGAAUUCGGUGUUGGAGCUGAGGCUGUGAGAACGACAAGCAGCCAUGAGCACAGCACCUGCUUAUUCUUUGAUGAGCCAGGGAAACACCAAGACAUACAAUCUUCCAAUUGAACAUCUGGACUAUAGCUUUGUGGAGAAAUGCACCGAUGUGACGUAUCUGGAAAAAAUUUUGAUUGUGCUAAGGUCAGGCGAGGAGGGAUUUUAUCCUGAUCUUAUAUCAUUUUGUGAGAAGAAGAUUGAAAAGCUGGAUCCUAAAAAUCGAAUCCUUCGAACAAACAACCCACCAGCAACUGCUGCUAACUUCACCAAAGAAGAAUGGCAAGAAAUUACUGGUGAUAUGAAGAGUUGGACAGAUGAAAUGAAGCAAAAGGAAAAUGAAGCAAAAUAUAGCAAAAUAGAUGUUAGAUGUUUGAAUUCAGAAAACCGUGCACCUAUUCGUGGGGUUAAUGCUUCAGUUCUUUCCCAUCAGAAUGGUUUUGGUGAAAAAAAAUCAACAGAAAAGAAAAGAGUUAUCCCCAGAGAUUACAAAGAAUGGGAUAAAUUCGAUGUGGAAAAAGAGUGUGCCAAAAUUGAUGAAGGGAAGCAAAAAAUCAAUUCCAAAACUAUCGUCAAUGAUGGCAUUUCUGGAAUAGGGAAGGAAAUUGACACAACAGGUAUGACUGACCAAGAAAAGAUGGUUCUAGCUGAUCGAGAGAAGGACAAGGGAAAUGAAGCUUUCCGAGCUGGUGACCACAAGGAGGCUUUGCUUUACUACACCAGGAGUAUAUCAGUGAUACCAAAUGUGAUUGCGUUUAACAACAGAGCACAAACAGAAAUUAAGCUUCAGAAUUGGCAGAAGGCUCUUAAUGAUGUUGAAAAAGUGUUGGAAUUAGACCCUGGCAAUUUGAAAGCACAUCUACGUCGUGCCACUGUUCAUAAACAUUUAAGUAACUAUGAUGCAGCAGCAGAUGAUUUGAAGAAAGUGUUGCAAGCUGAACCAAACAAUCCCAUAGCAAAGAAUUUGCUCCAGGAAGUUGAACAGAAGCUGAAAGACUCACAGCCUCUUGGAAAAUUGCAGAAAAAAGGGAAAAGGAUAAUUAUCAAAGAGGUAGAGGGCUCUGAUGAUGAGAAGGAAGGAGAAUUUACGAAUGAGAAUAAAGAUUCUAGUAAGCCGGUGGGUGGAAGGAGAUCAAAAGGAAAGACUGUAAUGGGGAAUGCACAGAAAAAGUGUUCACAAAAACGAGAAAGUCAGAUUAAUGAAAAGAACCGGAAUAAAGGGAAGGAUACUGGCAGUACUGCAGCACGGAAAAACACUGAAAAAGACAGUGACGGUAAUUCAAUAUCACUGAAGGAAACUGAACCAAGUAAAUGUGGGCAUGAAACCAAAGGUGAAAAUGUCAAGAAUGUUACAAUUCCCGUGGCAAGUAAAAGUCAAGAUCCCCCGAGAAUUGACUCCAGUCAGAUGUUUCCACCUGGGUCAAGUUCAGAGACAGAGAAAGGAAAGAACAACACAUGGGCCCUGCCCCCUGCUGUGGCAAAGCUUAAGAGUGAAGGAAAUGAACUGUUCAAGAAUGGACAGUUUGGAGAUGCAGGGAUCAAAUACACAAAAGCCAUUACUGAGCUCGUUGAAUCAGGGGUGGACUGCACAGCAGAACUGAGCGUCUUGCACUCAAAUCGAGCAGCAUGCUACCUGAAGGAUGGAAAUUGCACUGAGUGCAUUAAGGAUUGUACUAGGGCUUUGGAGCUGCAGCCAUUUUCUGUGAAACCUCUCUUGCGAAGGGCCAUGGCUUAUGAAUCCCUAGAGCAUUAUCGGCAGGCUUAUGUGGAUUAUAAAACUGUUCUUCAGGUGGAUAGUCGGAUCCAGCUCGCGAAUGACAGUACCAACAGGAUAACUAAGACAUUAAUAGAAGAAGAUGGCACAAAAUGGAGAGAAAAGUUGUCACCUAUUCCUGUAGUCCCUGUAACCGCGCAGCUACAUAGGUGGGAGAAAGAUUCCACAUCCUCUGCUGCAGGAAACAAAACCCAGACAACCAAUGAAAACCAAUACACAUCUCCAGACCAUGGUAAAAAUGUAGAAGAGAAUUUUAUUCCCUUGAAACAGGAAGGAAACAGUUUGGUGAAAAAGGCCCAGUACAAAGAAGCCAUUGCAAAGUACAGUGAAUGCUUAAAACUGAAAUCCAAUGAAUGUACAAUUUACACAAACAGAGCACUGUGUUAUCUGAAACUUAAUCAAUAUAAGGAGGCUGAAGAGGACUGUAACUCAGCUUUGCAGCUGGAGCCCAGUAAUAUAAAAGCAUUUUACCGAAGAGCCCUGGCUUACAGAGGAUUAAAAUGCUACACAUUUAGUAUUAAAGACCUCAAUAUACUACUGAAGCUUGACCCAAAUGUUGCUGAGGCUCAGAAAGAAUUGUUGGAGGUUUCUGAACUUUUGAAACAGGAGGGAAAAGGGGAACCUCUUUACAAGACCAGCAAUCAAGAAAAACCAAGAAAAGAUAUCCCAAUACAGGAGGUUGCUGAUAGUGAUGAAGAGGAGGACAGUGCAAUCAAAACUGGCAAUGAGCAAGAAACUCUAACUAAUUCCAAAGCGGUGCAAGUGAAUUCUGUAAUAAGUGAGGAUCCAUCAAUUGGACAAGGGGCCUUUGGAAAUUCUCAUCCACCUCCAGAAAAAGGAGCUAAUUUAAAGCCUACAAAUGCAUAUGAAUUUGGCCAAGCCUUAAGUUUGUUGCAGGCCAAGAAUGAUCUUGCUGCCUGCGCAGAGCUGCUAAAAAAUGUAGAACCAGAGGACCUACCAUCCAUGAUGAGCAAUAAACUGGAAGGUGAUGUGUUCACCAUGAUUAUUCAAGCUUUGAAAGGACACCUUUUAAAAAGUAACCCCAGCCUUGUGUAUCGGCAUCUUGUUCAUCUGUGCAAAACAGAAAGAUUUAAGAUGGUGUCAGUGCUUGUAGGUAAAGGAAGGGAACAAGUGCAACAACUCUUCAACUGUCUGUUAGAGAUGAAGAGCGAUGACUUCACCUCUGAAGAUGUACAGAAUCUAGCAAGAAACUAUGAUAUAUAAUUUUAAUUAUUUGGCACGAAUCACAAGCUUAAUACACAAUGUGUGUAACUCAGGAGGUUUAGAACUAUGAAAAUUGUAUGGCUUAUGCUGCAUACUUUAUUUCGACUUAUUUCUUCCUCAAAACUAACAAAUGUGUGAUGACCUAGAAGUUAUUUUGCUAAUCUUUCACUCAUGUACCUUGUUCUUCUCCCUCAAAAUUCAUUUACAAUUAUCGGUUUCAUAAAAGUCCAUGCAAAUAAAACCAUUAAAACAAUGAUCAGUUUUAUUUGUUAGCCUGUGUGGGUUUACUGAAAGGGGCAUCGCAUCACUUUCAGCCCCCCAAAAUAAACUAGCAAGACUUGUUAAUUCCUCAUAUGAAAGCAAAAUCCUGCAGAUGCUAGAAAUCUGAAAUAACAGAAAACGCUGGAAAUACCUAAGUCAGGCAGCAUCUGUGGAGAGGAAAAGAAUUAAUGUUUCAGGUCUAUAACCUUUUAUCUGAAAGGUCAUUGACAUGAAAUGUUAACACACUCUCCCUACACAGUUGGCCUGACUUGCUGAAUAUUUCCAGCAUUUUGUUAUUAUUUCUGUCAAUUCAUGUUGAACAUAAUUCUUGGUGUACUCCCACUGAUGGCACUAAGGCAAUAAACAUUUAUUUUCUGUUGUUUAUGUUAUUACUUCAAUUCUGUUCUACCUCUAGAAUUAUCAUCUGGUAUUUUAGUUUUAGAUUUUUACAAAGCUCCAAGUUUCAGAAUAGAUAGUACUGGUAAUUUUUUUAACCUCUGAAGUACUUACACUCUAGUUAGUACUAAAUUAGAAUGCAGUAGCUUUUGUUUAAUGGAUUGCCUGGUCAAGACUGUUAACUGCCCUGUUAACGAACAGGAAUUAAGCUAAGCAAGGAUACUUAUUAAGAAACCUUCAACUUUGAAUGUAAAAUGCAGUUAUUCAGAAUGCAGUAAAUUUGUGCAGAUUAUUUUACUGCUGUACUAUUUAAAAUGUUGUGCGUGUCUGAUAACUUUAUGCUCUGUAAUGCAAUCUGACAGUUAAGGUCAGGGAAAUGCAGAAAUUGCUUCAGCCUGUUGUUUAUGCACUGAAAUAAUAAACUUAUUAUUGUAUCGA